ACAGGGACGUUCCCGGAAUGUUAGUUACAAACAAAUAAAAUGCGACCUUUUGCUAAUGUGCCUUGCCAGUUUUCAUAUAACCAAAGGAGGAACGGUUUAUGUUUUAAAAUGGUUUAAACUUCCCCAGAACGUUUCGGGAACAGGGCCGACAUUAUUAUGUGAAAUUCAGCGUUAUGAAAUGGUUCCCUGAAAAUAACCAGAGGGCUACCAAAGCUAACGUUAAGGAAAUGUUGUGUGUCUGGCGGGUUACGGCGUUACUACCGCGGCGGGGCCACCAGAGGGCGCUGCGGGUCCAGGUUAGCUGAAAGGUUUCUACCGCCGGACUGAAGAAGAAAACUACACCACCGUUUCCCAACACUUUCAAAUCAGGAGAGCUGUUGAGCAGGUGGGCAGUGGGCGGAGCUUAGCUGAGAAAUGGAAAUAAAAUUGCCACACACACGAAGUACCCUGUGAAGCUCGAUAAUAUCAAUUAUUCUUGUAAUUCAGACAGAAGACUAAGCUUCAACUGAACAGGAAAACAGCAAUGGCUGCCUCCAGCACUUUUGUAUCUGAAGAGCAGUUGCAGUGCUCAAUCUGUCUGGAACUAUUCACCAAGCCUGUCUCUACUCCAUGUGGACACAAUUACUGCAUGGUUUGUCUCAACAAAUACUGGGACAACAGUCAAAAGUACGAUUGUCCAUUCUGUAAGAAAGAAUUCACCAAAAGGCCAGAACUUUGUGUUAAUACAUUCAUAUCUGAUCUGGCUGCUCAGUUCAAAGAGUCGGUGAAGGUGCAGUCCAGCGCUCGCACAGCGAAGCCUCGUGCUGCACAGGGACACGUGCCAUGUGAUGUCUGUCCUGAGCCUACGCAGAAGGCCCUGAAGUCCUGUCUGGACUGUGGUAUGUCGUUCUGUGAUACACAUCUGGAGCAUCAUAAAAUCUCAGCGAAACUUAAGCAACACAAAUUAAUCGAUGCUGUGAAGAACCUGGAGGACUAUAUAUGCCAGAGGCACCAGAGACCUCUGGAGUUGUUCUGUAGGAAUGAUCAGAAGUGUGUGUGUCUGUUCUGCACUGAGGGAGAGCAUAAGAGCCACAACACCAUUCCUAUCGAGGAGGAGACUGCAGACAAGAAGACUAAGAUGCAGAAAACCCAGGCAGAUGUUCAGAAGAUGAUCCAGGACAGACUAAAAAAGAUUAAAGAAAUAAAGCAUUCUGUAACCCUCAAAAAAAAAAAUAUAGAUAAGGAAAAAGAGGACAGCGCUGAAAUCUUCAGGUCUCUCAUGAGCUCCAUCGAGAGAAUGCAGGCUGAUCUGCUUAUGGUGUUGGAGGAGAAACAGAAAGACAUAGAAAGGCAAGCUGAAGGGUUUGUUAAAAUACUAGAACAGGAAAUUGCUGAGUUGAAAAGAAGUGACUUGGAGCUGGAGAAGCUCUUACACUCUGAAGACCACUUCCACCUCCUCAAGGUUUACUUAACAUUAUUCAUCCCUACGUCCACCAGUAACUGGGAUAAAAUUGAAAUUAACAGCAGUUUGAGUGUGGAGGAUGUGAAGAGAGAUUUGCUUCAUCUUCAGCAAUCUGUCAACAAUACAACUAAGAGGAUGUCUGGGUUAAGAACCCUUGAUUACCAAAAAGAAGAGAUAAAAAGGCUGUUGAAAACUCCAUUACGAAAAGGUGACACGUGGUACCUAGUAGACAGCAGUUGGUUCAAAACAUGGAAGAAAUAUGUGGGAUUUGAUAGCUGGGACACAGCCAGUUUGGGAGGCCAGACAAUUUACCCUGGACCAGUGGACAACUCAGGACUCUUAAAAGAUUCACUCUCUAUCAAGGAGUAUCUAAUUUGUGAGCUGGACUACAUCCUUCUGCCUAAAGAGGCAUGGGGUAAACUGAUAAGCUGGUAUGGACUGACUGAGAACCAGAAGCCUAUUGCACGAAAAGUGGUUGAGCAAGGCAUGUUUGUGAAGCACUUUAAGGUGGAGGUCUAGCUCACUGAACUGAUAGUAUGUGAAUUGAGCAAUAUGGACCAAAGUAUAAAUUGGGACUUCAGCAAAGCAGACACAGUAGCAUGUAUUGAAGAGGAAAUGCACAAAAUCUUUGAUAUUCCUGAUGGGAAGAAGACCAGGUUGUGGAGUAAGUAUAUCGCUAAUACACUGGAGUGUCUGGACUGCCCUGGUAGCAGCAUUCAGGGUGCUGGUCUCUUCCAAGGACAGGUUGUGCUUAUAGAACAGAGAAAUGAAGAUGGGGCAUGGCCAUGAGAUGCAGUUCCACCCCCCUGCCAAAAAUCUCAGAAGGGAAACACCUGAGUGGAGCAUUAUGAUCGUUAAAAGAAACUAAAUUCUGUUGAUUGUUUGUUAUACUUUAAUUUUUUUUAUUUAGCAUUUAUGUUCUUUGCACUAUAUUGGAUAUAUUCUAUUAUUACAUAUUAAUUGAAAAUAUCAUUGGGGGCAUGGUUUAUUGGUCAGCACAUUUGCCUCGAACCUCCAGGGUUGGGGGUUCGAUUCCCACCUCCGCCCUGUGUGUGUGUGUGUGUGUGUGUGUGUGUGUGUGGAGUAUGCAUGUUCUCCCUGUGCUUCUGGGUUUCCUCCCCAGUCCAAAGACAUGCAUUGUAUGCUGACUGGCAUCUCUAUAUUGUCCAGGGUGUGUGAGUAUGUGUGUGAUUGUGCCCUGCAAUGGGUUGGCACUCUGUCCAGGGUGUCGUUCCCCCCCACCCUUGUGCCCAGAGUCCCCUGGGAUAGGCUCCAGGCUCCCUGCAACCCUGUGUAGGCUAAGCAGUACAGAAAAUGGAUGGAUGAAAAUAUCAUUGGCAUCAUUAAGCACACAGGAAUAGAAACAUGUUUAUAAUAUUAGUUUUGCUCAAAAGAAAAUUGAUAUAAUGAAAAAAAUGUGACAAUUUGAUAUAAUUUCACACAAUCGUGGGUGUAUUUGAGCUUAUAUGAUUUUGGGUGUAUUUGGGCGUAUAUGUUUACAGAAGAGGGCAGUUAGUGUGUGCUAGAUACACCCUCCCUGGAUAGCAGCUGUCAUGUGAUGCGGAGAGCUAGAUGGGAAUUAGCAAAUGAUUUUUUUUUUUUUCAACCAUUAGAGCUCUCUUACUUGCAGUCAUUCCAAAAAUGUAGUAUUUUAUUAAAAUGAUAUGGAUGUGAUAGGGAUAAGUAUGCAUGUAUGUAUGUAUACUUCAUCAGUGUAUCACACAGGUUUUGACAUACUGUAUAUGGAGGCAUUGUAUGUAUCACUGUGUUCAGAAUAAAUAUGAGAUACUGCCACAAGAAUGACCUAGAGAUGAGUACAAGCAAUAACACUCCAUGCCAUCUCAAGCCAAGCAGUAAUAAAGAGUUCAAAGCUCAUAUACAUGAGCAGAAUUAGAUAGAUUCUCUUUAUAGAUUUCACUAUCUAUUAUAACCAGCAAUGAUGUAGUUGAUUUUAUCAUGAGCUCCAGAUGUAACGAUUGCUCUACCAACACUGGCUACAUGACUAUUCUUUUGAAGGAAAAAACUUUUUUUUUUUUUUUCUAUCACUUGUAAUGUGCUUUGGGUUGCAGCCUACUUCAGCACACUGAGAAUUCUCACACUGUGCUGUUAUUGAUCAGUCUGAACACACACACUGCCCUAAGUCAGUGGAUUUAACAUGGAAGGUAGGAGACUAUUGAUCACACACUGAGAAAGGAGCUAUUCCUUCAUUUAUACAGGCCAUUAUUUUUAUUAAAAAGCUUGCUUAGACAUCAGUCAUCAUGAGUCAAGGGUAAAAUAAUACAUCCAUGGUAAUAUUAGAUUCCAGUGUGCAGUAAUCAUGAAAUGGACCACUGCAGACAGAGCUGCUUGUGUUGUGUAUGAUGUAUGA